CUAUUGUCAAUGUUAAUAGUAAUGGUUCAUGUCAAUUUUAGAUUUUGUCCAAUGAAACGAAAGUGACAGCAGUUUGUAAAUUAUUUCAAAUGUUUUCUUGUAGUUACAUAAAUCAUUAUCAUCCAUAGUGUUUCAUAACACUGGUCACUAUUAAAUUUAUCAUUAAAGAUUAUGAUGUAUAUUGGUCGGAACAGCAUAGACUAUUUCUUCUAGUACAAGAAACAAAAUUUUAUGUUGACUGAACACUAAAGGAUCGUUCAAAGUUCAACUAUCCAGUUAAAAAAACACAAUACCUACAAAAUAAAGAAAUAUAUUUGUUAAUAUAAUCUUCAAUAGUUGAGGUCAUGAGCCGCUUGAAGCUGGACCAUUAUGGAAAACCUGGAAGCACUGGACGACUGUUUCGUCCUAUUGGAAUUACUACAAUCUCCACAAAACCCCCUUCUGAUACUAAUAUAAACUUCAUAAAAACUCUGAAAACAGGCCAAUUCAAAGAUCGAAAAUAUUUACGUUCUAAAAGCUAUAGGUAAUUUGAAUUAUCGUUUACUAAGAAAGGUUUCGUUAAUUUACAACAUGAUUAGUUGGAGUGAAUUACGCUGAUAUUUUAAAGUAUGUGUAAUUGAAAUAAGUUAAUUCUAUGUACUUAAAAGAAUAUUGUUGAAUUAAAAUAAAUUCUGUCUUGUAAAUAUCGCCAAUUAUCAUUGGAAUUGUUGUCCUUUAUACGUCUAUUUUUUGUCUAUCUGACAGAUGACUUUAGUCAAUAAAUGACUAUUACUUUCUUUAUUGAAAAAUAUUCGUACAUUCACAAUUAUUUAUCAUCGAUAUCAGAAAUAAUUCCGAGCUAACGACAAUGCGCACGCAUUAUUACAAACUGCUAUGAUAUGACCAAGAAAUACUUGAAAAGAAAUCUUUCUUCAGUUCGUUAUUUGUUUCUAUAAUUCUAAGCGGUUAACAGUUUACUGUCACUAUAGAUGUGCUUAGAUCUUAUUCACUAACGAAUGUUAGUGCGUUUUAGUUAUGGCUAGGAGCAGAGUUCAGGAGAGGUGUUUCAACCAAUUUAAAUCUCGUUAGCUGAAUAAACAAAUUAUUGAAGUUGGAUUAGUGAGAUCUGAGUUUCAAUGUAAACAUGAACACUGGAAGACUGUUGGAUCAAGAGAUCAAAGUAUUCAUCUCAGGAUGCGUACAUAGUAAUACAGAUCGGUCACUAUCAAUCUUUAAUAACAACAUAAAAACUAAAGCCUAUGUGUUGUAUGCACCAAUCAUAAGAAAUUCAAAGGUGUAGACUUUAUCGACCUUUGCAAAGAGCUGAUCGGCUGAUUAUAGGAUAUUUUUUAGAGAGACGAUUAACGCAACAAACACAACUUAAAGAAAUUUGCUUUUAAUUUAAACAUAAACCACCAUUUAUCUAGUACUCAUUGAAUAGAGUGAAAAUGCAUAUAUGCAAAAUUCCAAUGUAGAAUAACACGAAAUGAAUUUUUCAAAAGUACAUUUAUUAAUAUGAGGAUUGUUAGGAAAUUUAUAUAUUCCACAACUAUAUGUUUAAUCUUUUUUCCAGAAGUAACCAGAAUAUAGCUUUUAAUCGUUUGCUACAUUCCAUUCCAUGGAUUACUGAUGUUUUAACUCAUAGAAUAUGAAGUGAAUGUUGUACAGAGUUAUCUAUGAGCACUUUUGGAGAACCCUAGAUCAAACUAAUGAUCUCUUGAUCAUGUAUAUAUGAGUGUUUUUAUCUUCGUCCUGAAGCAUAUUGACUAGUUUUGCUUUUUUUUAAAUACAUCAAAUAGAUAGUUAUCUAUCAUGUAUGUAUUGUCUUAUCAUUCUUAUUUGUCAUUUAGACUGUAACUUAACUCUCUUGUGAUAGUUGUAAUAAACGAAAACGUUUUGGUGUAACUACUUUUUAUUUAAUAAAUGUUAAACCACUAAGAAUACGACUGUAUAGCUUCAGUAAGUGAUGACACAUAAAUGAAAACUUUCUCCAUCAAAUUGUCGUUGCGUUUUCAAUUAACAUACUUAAAUGAAGCAUUUAUUA